AUGCCUGUCCUUGCCUUAUGUGCAGUGUCUGCCAGUGGAAUGCCUGUCCUUGCCUUAUGUGCAGUGUCUGCCAGGGGAAUGCCUGUCCUUGCCUUAUGUGCAGUGUCAGACAGUGGAAUGCCUGUCUUUGGCUUAUGUGCAGUGUCAGACAGUGGAAUGCCUGUCCUUGCCUUAUGUGCAGUGUCUGCCAGGGGAAUGCCUGUCCUUGCCUUAUGUGCAGUGUCAGACAGUGGAAUGCCUGUCUUUGCCUUAUGUGCAGUGUCUGCCAGUGGAAUGCCUGUCCUUGCCUUAUGUGCAGUGUCUGCCAGUGGAAUGCCUGUCCUUGCCUUAUGUGCAGUGUCUGCCAGUGGAAUGCCUGUCCUUGCCUUAUGUGCAGUGUCUGCCAGUGGAAUGCCUGUCCAUGCCUUAUGUGCAGUGUCAGACAGUGGAAUGCCUGUCCUUGCCUUAUGUGCAGUGUCAGACAGUGGAAUGCCUGUCCUUGCCUUAUGUGCAGUGUCAGACAGUGGAAUGCCUGUCCUUGCCUUAUGUGCAGUGUCUGCCAGUGGAAUGCCUGUCCUUGCCUUAUGUGCAGUGUCUGCCAGUGGAAUGCCUGUCCUUGCCUUAUGUGCAGUGUCUGCCAGGGGAAUGCCUGUCUUUGCCUUAUGUGCAGUGUCUGCCAGGGGAAUGCCUGUCCUUGCCUUAUGUGCAGUGUCUGCCAGUGGAAUGCCUGUCCUUGCCUUAUGUGCAGUGUCUGCCAGUGGAAUGCCUGUCUUUGCCUUAUGUGCAGUGUCAGACAGUGGAAUGCCUGGCCUUGCCUUAUGUGCAGUGUCAGACAGUGGAAUGCCUGUCCUUGCCUUAUGUGCAGUGUCUGCCAGUGGAAUGCCUGUCCUUGCCUUAUGUGCAGUGUCUGCCAGUGGAAUGCCUGUCCUUGCCUUAUGUGCAGUGUCUGCCAGGGGAAUGCCUGUCUUUGCCUUAUGUGCAGUGUCUGCCAGGGGAAUGCCUGUCCUUGCCUUAUGUGCAGUGUCUGCCAGUGGAAUGCCUGUCCUUGCCUUAUGUGCAGUGUCUGCCAGUGGAAUGCCUGUCUUUGCCUUAUGUGCAGUGUCAGACAGUGGAAUGCCUGUCCUUGCCUUAUGUGCAGUGUCAGACAGUGGAAUGCCUGGCCUUGCCUUAUGUGCAGUGUCUGCCAGUGGAAUGCCUGUCUUUGCCUUAUGUGCAGUGUCUGCCAGGGGAAUGCCUGUCCUUGCCUUAUGUGCAGUGUCUGCCAGUGGAAUGCCUGUCCUUGCCUUAUGUGCAGUGUCUGCCAGUGGAAUGCCUGUCCUUGCCUUAUGUGCAGUGUCUGCCAGUGGAAUGCCUGUCCUUGCCUUAUGUGCAGUGUCUGCCAGUGGAAUGCCUGUCCAUGCCUUAUGUGCAGUGUCAGACAGUGGAAUGCCUGUCCUUGCCUUAUGUGCAGUGUCUGCCAGUGGAAUGCCUGUCCUUGCCUUAUGUGCAGUGUCAGACAGUGGAAUGCCUGUCUUUGCCUUAUGUGCAGUGUCUGCCAGUGGAAUGCCUGACCAUGCCUUAUGUGCAGUGUCUGCCAGUGGAAUGCCUGUCCUUGCGUUAUGUGCAGUGUCAGACAGUGGAAUGCCUGUCCUUGCCUUAUGUGCAGUGUCUGCCAGUGGAAUGCCUGUCCAUGCCUUAUGUGCAGUGUCAGACAGUGGAAUGCCUGGCCUUGCCUUAUGUGCAGUGUCAGACAGUGGAAUGCCUGUCUUUGCCUUAUUGGUGCCCUCAAGUCCCUCCUUUGAAGCAGAGGUUGGGAUGUCCACAUGCCAUUUUGCCGGAGGUAAGCUCGCUCCACAAGAGGUCCUUCAGGUGCCUCCUGUCCCCCAUGUGUUGGCCAGCGAAGUCAGAGCUGUUGAGCAGGGUGAAGAGACUCAUGGCGUGGGAGAGAACUUCAGUGUUCACGUCUCAGACACUCUCAACUAA